GAACAGAAGGGAGCCGUAGCGCAACGCAACUAGGCCCGCCGGACCGACGGAAUUCGGCAACGGAGGACAACCAAGAGUACGCGAUACAACAUACAGCAGCCGAGCGGUGCCCUUGCCAGCCCACCGCUGCUAUCUCUCUCUCUCUCUCUCUACCCCUUUCCUUUCUCUUCGUCCUCGCUCGCUUGCGCUCCCUCCCACCCUCGCUCAGUCUCGGUCGCUCGCCUCAGAUCCAAACCCCCGUAUUAAAAAGCGCUCAAGGACAUCAAAACCCUAACCCUAAGCAUCCCAAUUCCCCAAUCUCCAAUCCACGCAAAACCCUAGCCCGAGCCCCCAACCCAUCCCUCCCCUCCUCCGCCGUCGCCAUGGCGGGCUCCGGCGGCGCUGCCUCCUCCUCCUCCCGCAGCGUCCCCGAGAACCGAUUCUACUAUCCUCCCCACGUCCGCCGCCAGCAGCAGCAGCAGCAGCAGCAGCAGCAGCAGCGGCUGCAGGGGCAGCGGUCCCCGUCCCCGUCGCUGUCCCCGUCGCCGUCUCCGCGGUCCGCGAGGCAGAAGCCGGCGCCUCCGCCGCCGGGGGCGGUGGCUGCGUCGACGGAUGUGGACAGUCGGGUAGAUUCCGACGACUCCUCGUCGACGACGUCGUCGAAGCCGUCGGUGGCGUCCACGGCGACGACGUCCGUGUCGGCGGUUGAGGUGAAUGCGACUGCAGCGGGCGCGGGGGCGGCGGAGGAGGCUGGGAAUUUGGAGAGAUUUCUUACCUCCACGACGCCUUCGGUGCCCGCGCAGUACCUGCCCAAGACAAGCCUAAGGAUGUGGAGGAGUGUUGAUGCUAUGCAUUCACGACCUUAUUUCUGUCUUGGAGAUCUUUGGGAGUCUUUCAGGGAAUGGAGUGCUUAUGGGGCCGGUGUUCCACUAGUGUUAAAUGGCAGUGACUCUGCGAUCCAGUAUUAUGUGCCAUAUCUUUCUGCUAUCCAGCUCUAUGCAGAUCCAUCGAGACCUGCUUCGAGAACCAGGCGUCCUGGGGAUGAAAGUGAUGGGGAAUCUAUGGAUACUAGCAGUGAGAGCAGCAGUGAAAAUGAUGUUGACCGGCUAAGAGCCUCAUCUGUGGAAGCUCCACAUCGGCUGGAAAAUGGUGGUCUACGAAGUGAUGAUGGUGAAGCAUACGCAUCUUCAAGUUCUCCAAUAUUUGAGUAUAUGGAGAAGGAUCCUCCAUAUAGUAGAGAACCUCUGACAGACAAGGUAUUGACUCUUGCGGGUAGAUAUCCAGCUCUGAAGACAUUCAAAAGCUGUGAUCUGCUGCCAUCUAGUUGGAUGUCUGUUGCAUGGUACCCCAUAUAUAGAAUUCCAACAGGACCAACAUUGAAGGAUCUUGAUGCCUGUUUUUUGACAUUCCAUUGUCUAGCAACACCUUGGAAGGAUAGUGAACCCUCUAUGCCAGCAUGCCCUGGUUUUGGGGGAAUCAACCGCUGCACUAAUGCAACAGGCAAACUAUCGUUGCCUGUCUUUGGGCUGGCGCCAUACAAAUUCCGCGCCUCCAUUUGGGCAUCUGAUGGAACCCAAGAGCGGGAGCGUGUCACCUCACUGAUGCAGGAGGCUGACAACUGGCUCCGCAGAAUACAAGUAGACCAUCCGGAUUUCCGGUUUUUCGUCUCCCAUUUCAGUUCAACCUGGAGAUGACUCGUGACUGUAAAUGCUUGUUAGUAUGACUGUUCGCCGUCUGAAUUGAACUGCCUUGAGCUCAUCUAUCUAUGGCGCAUAGAGACCGAGUGCCCUCUUGUACGGGGGUCGUAUGAGUUAAAAGCCUGCGUGCUAACCUUUCUUGUCUCCAUUAAGCUAUCUGUUGUAGGUAUCUUGUGUGGGAAGUAAAGAUGGAUGGUGAAAAGGCAGAAUUGGAGACUUGUAGAACUCAAAGAAACAAAAGAAGAAAUAAAGAUUUUCAUCUAGAGUUAGAAAG